UGUUAUUUUGGAUAUUUUACACGUGUACAUGUUGCUAAAAUCAGUUCCAUAUGUUUUCUUUUUAUGUGCAUUCAAUGUUUCAUAAAUAGGAAUUAGAAAACUAUAGUAGGACGUAUAUUUGUUUCCUAAUUAUACAGAAUAUUCCGUGACGACCGGCUCGAGUCACGGUGUGAACGGCCGUGUGCCAUGAUCUACUUUUCAUUGAUAUCUCGAAUAAGUGACGGUUUGCCACUUGCGGGUACGACAGACGUCUCUUACGAAAACGACGAUCCUGACUUCAAGCUAGCUUACAAAGAACUGAAACGUGUUAUACGCAAAUGUGACAAAUUCCCAGACCGAUGUACAUACACACCAAGCACAUAUUCCAUCCAUUUUAUCAGUGCUCUAGGUUUGACAUUUAGUGUCAUUUGUGACUCAUCAUAUCCUACAGUACUUGCCUUUUCCUUUCUUGAUGAAAUUCAGAAGGAAUUCCUACAGCAGUAUGAGACUGAAAAAAGAGAAAAAGCUACAAGACCGUACACAUUUGUUGAAUUUGAUACAUUCCUGCAGAAAGCCAAGACAAGAUACAAACACCCACGCACCUUGACAACAAAGUUAGAUUUGACCACUCUAAGUCAGGAAAUUCGUUUACGGCCUCCGUACAACAUCUCUCCAGAAGAAGUAAACCCUCCAGUUGGAAACUUUGUCCUAUCUACCUCAUUUCGUACAUCAGCUACAUCACACAGACAUUUUGUUCCACUUGGUUUGUUUGGCUGGGUAACUGUUGCAAUGAAUGUUUUCUGCUCAUGUCUGAAUCUUGCCCGAGCCAUCUUGCUAAUGAAUGAAGGUCAUAUUGAUGAUUUUGACAGUGAAGUUUACCAAUUUGGCGCUCUGUUUCUAUUAUGCUGUUUAUUUUUUUCUUACCAGGUGUAUUUAAUGUGCUGGCCAACAAACAUGCGGAAGCCCCUAGCUUGUGCGACACUUGGAAGUAUAUGUCUAUGUCAACUCUAUUUGUGGGAACAUCGGACUAGCAUACAGAUGCUUUUUCACAUCACAGUCAGCUGUACAGCGACGUUCGUUAUCUUCACGAGACAGAUUCAGGAGAAGUUACCACAGUAUAACUUGUAGCAUCAGGCUUCAUCUGAAACUGUCUCUUUUUUGUCGAAACAUUCUUCACGCAUUCCGAAGUGUACAAGACAAGAAUCUCAGAUGUUAAAGGUUGAACGGUGUAGGCCUACAUAUAUUUGUGUAUGUGCAUUAGAGCAGAUUACCUUUUUUAAAAAUCUCAGCAUUGAUUACAACUUGUUUCUAGUCCUACUAAGGCCAACGAUAGUCACUUUUCGCACCCUUUUGGCUUUGUACAUAAUAAAUAUAAGAUAUCUUACCGUAAUUUCACUUCAAAUAGUAUAAUAUUUUACUUACAAGGUUUGCUUUAAACAGACACAUGCUUUAGUAAUUCUGAAACAAAUUUUGAUAGCAAUUUUGUUUUGGAAUUUUUUCAGUGUUCUGAAAACAGAAACAUCACAUAACCAGUUUAUUAUUGUAAGGAGAUGCAAAGUGAUAUCAAUGGCAUACUGACUUCAUUCAAAUUCAGAAUUUGCUAUUUUAUUACAAUGCUUCCCACUUUAAAAUAAAAACUGAUCUACUUACCUUGACCUGUCAAAAUAUUGUGCAGACAAAGCAAUUUACAGGUCGGCACAUUUUUAUUUUUCAUAAUUUUAGACAAGUUUUAAAACAUGAAAAAAAAAAAUAGUACCAUUCAUCAAAUAUCUCAUAUGAAAAAAUUACUGUUGGAUAUGUUGCAUUUAUUGUGUAUGAAGCAAAGACAAAGGUGCGGAGAGUGCCCGUCAUCAACCUUAGUGCUAUUUUUGCUUUACAAUGGAGUCGGGUUCAAGUCCAGAAAAGUAGCAUAAAAAUUUAAUUUGGCAUCUUUAACAGGGCUAUUUCAGGGUUAGUAAAAAAAUUCAUCAAAUUAUCUAUGAAACUUAAAAAAGUGCAAUUUUUAUUUUUUUCCCCAAAAUAUAUCAGUCGUUACAGGAAACUAUUUCACCAAAUUAAAAUAAAUUUGUUGUUAUUUUUAAAAUUUGAUAUUGGCAAAUUAUUGAAGUAGCCCUGCUUUAAUAACAUUAGUUUAGCUUCCAAGUCUUUUUAAGCAGUUAAAAUGUAUUUUGUGCUUAUUUUUUGUGGAGGUGGCAGGUGAAUUUCCUCGGUCUACAUGUGGGACAAAAGAUUGCAAACCAUGUCAUUUAUCCUGAAAUUGAUUGUGCAUUAAAAUGUUAUUUCAUGUUA